CCCCGGGCCCCUCACCAGGACCUACCAAGAGCGGCCACCGUCAUUGCUGAGGGAGCAGCCCCGGAGAAGGAUGUGUCAAAAUGAAACGUCACAGGCAUCUCAGCAGCAGCGACAGCUCAGACAAUGAGAGUCCGUCAACAUCCUUUUCCUCUUGCUUCCAGUACAGAGGUAAAUCAAAAAAUGCACCUGAUGAUUCAAAGAAAUCUGCAGAGGUGUUCAGGAAAGAUCUUAUUAGUGCCAUGAAGAUUCCAGACUCUCAACAUGUGAACACGGACGAAUAUUAUCACUUUACAGACACUUGGAAGCAGGAGUGGGAGAAAGGGGUUCAGGUACCUGCCAGUCCAGAUACAAUCCCUCAACCUUCACUCCGGAUUAUUGCAGAAAAGAUGAAGGAGGUGCUAUAUUCACGUCCACGAAAGUAUAUCCACUGCUCCAGCCAGGAACCAUCAGAGCCUGGAUAUAUAAAUAUCCUUGAGCUGGCAGAGAACAUGUGCAGAUAUGACCUGGAUGAUAUGGACCUCAUCUGGCUACAAGAAUGCAACCUAGAGCUAGCCGACAUGGGAUGUGCUCCUGUCGAUGAGAGCACCAUGGAAAAAACACUGGAAGUGUUGGAGCGCCAGUGCCAUGAGAACAUGAACCAUGCCAUUGAGACCGAGGAGGGUCUUGGGAUAGAGUAUGAUGAAGAUGUCAUUUGUGACGUGUGCCGCUCCCCUGACAGCGAGGAAGGGAAUGACAUGGUGUUUUGUGACCGAUGCAACAUCUGUGUACAUCAGGCAUGUUACGGUAUCCUGAAGGUCCCAGAAGGCAGUUGGCUAUGCCGCACAUGUGUUCUCGGGAUUCAGCCACAGUGUAUUUUGUGUCCAAAGACUGGUGGAGCUAUGAAAGCUACAAGAACUGGAACCAAGUGGGCCCAUGUGAGCUGUGCUCUCUGGAUACCAGAGGUCAGCAUUGCCUGUCCAGAAAGAAUGGAGCCAAUUACUAAGGUUUCUCACAUUCCACCAAGUCGAUGGGCUUUGGUCUGCAGCCUCUGCAAAACAAAGACAGGAGCCUGCAUUCAAUGCUCUGUUAAAAGCUGUAUAACAGCCUUCCAUGUCACCUGUGCUUUUGAGCAUAGCCUGGAGAUGAAGACCAUAUUGGAUGAGGGGGAUGAAGUAAAAUUUAAAUCCUAUUGUCUGAAGCAUAGCAAGAAGAAGCAAAGCUCAUCUUCUGAGCAAGAAGAACCUCCCAAGAUUCCCAUAGAAAGCAGACAGACUGAGAGUGAGAAAAUCAGCCUGCGUGCUCAGAAACUGAAGGAACUUGAGGAGGAUUUUUACACUAUGGUGAAAGUAGAAGAUGUGGCAUCUGAGUUGGGCCUGCCCAACCUCACUGUGGAUUUAAUUUACUCCUUCUGGAAGCUAAAGCGGAAGAGCAAUUUUAACAAACCACUAUUGCCUCCAAAAGAAGAAGAACAGAAUGGCUUAAUGCAGCCCAAGGAAGACAGCAUUCAUACCCGUAUGAGGAUGUUCAUGCAUUUGAGGCAAGACCUGGAACGAGUCAGGAACUUGUGCUACAUGGUGAAUAGGAGAGAGAAACUCAAGUUGUCCCACAGCAAAAUCCAUGAGCAAAUUUUCAACUUGCAAGCACAGCUGGUGAACCAGGAGAUGGCAUCAGGACAACCCUUAUCAAGUGCACUGGAAAACACACUGUUCUACCCUCCUCCCCGAAUUACUUUAAAAUUGAAAAUGCCAAAAUCCACAACUGGAGAUUCCAAAAAUAGCUCAGUGAGAACCAGAAACCGAUCGGGUCUCCCUGACAAAAACAGUAGCUUUCAUUCCCAAAACGAGUCCCCUGAUCUCAGUAAACCUUACACAAGGUACACUUCUGAGCAAAAAAAUAAUGGUUUGAUAGGAGGAACCAUACGUUCACAGAAGCCAGAUCUAGAAUAUCAGCAGACAUCAAAGUUUCCUACUUCUGGAAAACCAUUGUCACUGCAAGCGGUAAUUCAUGGGCAGUCUUCAAAUGGCAGUGGAAAGGUUCAGCAUGAACAUGUGAUGAUGAAUAAAUCUAAUGGUGUACUAGGUACUAGUGCAGACAGAAUUCAGAGGGAUAACUCGAGCCAAACUUCUCAGGAGCAUGACUCUUUGCUGACAAGUCACAUGUCUAGUCAGAGUAGCUUUAGAAAGUCCACCAUGGAACACUUUAGCAGGUCUUUCAAAGAAGCAACCAAUAACCUUGUUAGGACCACGGAUGACCUUCAAAGCAAUGAAAAGUCUCAAAGGAGACCAUCUGCAAAAGAGCGUAUUUGGGGCAAACAAUCAUUUGACUGUCAAGCAUCAGGAACACCAUAUCAGGACAAUGAUGGCUACUGCCCGGACUUGGAAUUAAGUGACUCUGAAAAUGAAAGUGAUGAGAACAAGGACCAUAUGCGGCUAAGGAGGAGCAGUUCCAGUCGAGAAAGUCCUACUACAGACACUAGUAGAAAUAAUCGCAGCAGGAGCAAAAAGAACUCAAUUUCUCACAGUUCUGUGCAAAGGUGAUUAAAGAGAAAGCAUAGUUUGUACCA